UGUCUGCAGUCAUUCAUCUGUGUAGCGGCCGCCGCUGUGUGAUCGCUGCUGCUGCUGCCCGGGCUGUGAUUAGUGGCAGCUGCACGGAGAAUGUGCGACUCCCCAUCUGCUUCCUGCAGCCCCGCUGCCGGCCAGGGACCCCUCAUAGCUGGAAUGCAGACUGGCUGCUGGCUCAGUGAGUAGGGGGAGCUCCCCGCACACAACUUGUUGCUGGAGGAAUUAGCUGAGGACAUGGGAUUCCAGCAUUGCUCCUGCAGGACGCUGUGGUGGUAGGAGGAGAGCUGCUGCAUAAUCCCCACCUGAGAAGUCAGGGCGGAGGCGGAGCAUGCCGGGGAGCUCGGCGGAUAAGAGCCCCAGUAUGGAGCACAGUGCCACCACUCCAUUCCGUGUGACGGGCUUCCUCAGCCGCCGCCUCAAGGGCUCCAUCAAACGGACAAAGAGCCAGCCCAAGCUCGACCGCAACAGCAGCUUCAGGCACAUCAUCCCGGGCUUCAGGAGCGUGGACAAUGAGCGGUCCCAUCUAAUGCCGAGACUGAAGGAGUCACGCUCCCACGAGUCCUUGCUUAGUCCCAGCAGUGCGGUUGAAGCUCUCGAUCUCAGCAUGGAGGAAGAGGUAGUGAUCAAACCCGUCCACAGCAGCAUCCUAGGGCAGGAUUUCUGCUUCGAGGUAACCGCGUCCUCCGGGAGUAAAUGUUUCUCCUGUCGCUCAGCAGCCGAGCGAGAUAAAUGGAUGGAAAACCUGCGCCGUGCUGUUCACCCAAAUAAGGACAAUAGUCGCCGGGUGGAGAACAUGUUGAAGCUGUGGAUUAUUGAGGCGAAGGACCUUCCGGCUAAGAAGAAGUAUCUGUGCGAGUUGUAUUUAGACGAUGUACUUUAUGCACGAACUACCUGCAAAUUGAAGACGGAUAACGUCUUCUGGGGCGAGCACUUUGAGUUCAACAACCUCCCGUCCCUGAAGAGCGUGACCGUGCACUUGUACAAGGAGACGGACAAGAAGAAGAAGAAGGACAAGAACAAUUAUGUUGGGCUGGUGAACAUCCCCAUCGGAGCGGUGACGGGGCGGCAGUUUGUGGAGAAGUGGUACCCUGUGGUGUCUCCUAACACCAGCAAAGGGAAAUCUGUGGGUCCCAUGAUCCGCAUCAAGAGCCGCUACCAGAGCAUCAACAUCCUUCCUAUGGAGAUGUACAAGGAGUUUGCAGAAUAUAUCACUAAUAACUAUAUGGUGCUGUGCUCCACCCUGGAGGGGGUCCUGAGUGUGAAGAACAAGGAAGAAAUGGCAUCGGCCCUAGUCCAUAUCUUACAGAGCACCGGCAAGGCAAAGGACUUCCUCACAGACCUAAUGAUGUCUGAAGUGGAUCGAUGCGGCGAUAAUGAACAUCUUAUAUUUCGGGAGAAUACUUUGGCCACCAAGGCCAUUGAGGAGUACUUGAAGCUAGUAGGACAGAAGUAUCUACAAGAUGCCCUAGGUGAGUUCAUCAAAGCGCUGUAUGAAUCAGACGAGAACUGCGAGGUGGAUCCCAGCAAGUGUACAGCGUCUGACCUUCCGGAACACCAGGGGAACCUAAAAAUGUGCUGCGAGCUGGCGUUCUGCAAGAUCAUCAACUCCUACUGCGUUUUCCCCAGGGAGCUGAAAGAGGUCUUCGCGUCCUGGAGACAGGAGUGUAACAGCCGCGGCCGUCCGGACAUCAGCGAGAGACUCAUCAGCGCUUCCCUCUUCCUGCGCUUCCUCUGUCCGGCCAUCAUGUCCCCGUCAUUGUUCAACCUGCUCCAGGAAUACCCGGACGACCGGACGGCGCGCACUCUGACCUUGAUCGCCAAAGUCACGCAGAACCUUGCCAACUUUGCAAAGUUCGGGAGUAAAGAAGAAUACAUGUCAUUUAUGAACCAGUUCUUGGAGCACGAAUGGACCAACAUGCAACGUUUUCUCCUGGAGAUAUCGAAUCCGGAAACCAUCUCCAACACGGCGGGAUUCGAGGGCUACAUCGACCUUGGGCGCGAGUUAUCGAUGCUGCACUCUCUGCUGUGGGAAGUCAUCUCCGUGGACCAGGCCACCGUAACGAAACUAGGCCCCCUUCCUCGUAUCCUGCGGGACGUGAACACGGCACUGAGCAGUCCUUCCAGCGCCCAGAGUUCCGUCACAAGCGAUCACUCAGCCUCCACGCCAAACACCAGCAACAAUAUCUCUGUAGGGCUCCAAAAGAUGGUAAUCGAAAAUGACUUAUCUGGUCUGAUAGAUUUCACACGGUUGCCAUCCCCAACUCCUGAAAACAAGGACUUAUUUUUUGUCACAAGGUCUGCUGGGGUUCAGCCGUCGCCAGCACGAAGUUCCAGUUACUCGGAGGCCAACGAGCCCGACGUGCAGAUAACUAAUGGCAGUAAGAGCCUGUCGAUGGUUGACCUCCAGGACAAUCGAGUUUUGGAUAUUGGCACAAACACGUCUGGCAUCGGGGAUUCUUUAAAUGACAGCCAGACGUCUUUUAGUCAGUUACAAGCGAUAUGGACGGCACGGACGCCACAAGGUAAUAUAAUGACUAUGACAACGGCCAGGAGAACGGGACAGACGCCCACCACUCCCAACGCAGAUGCCACCUUGGGCAGGCCACAGCUUUUGGCACCGUUAUCAUUCCAGAACCCUGUGUACCAAAUGGCAGCGGGUUUGCCGGUAUCACCACGGGGCCUGGGGGACUCUGGUUCGGAGUGUCACAGCUCGCUCAGCUCCCAUAGUAACAGCGAGGACUUAUCCGGAAACAAACAUGGCUUUAUUAAUCCGUGCACCAGUGAGGACUACAGCCGGCGCUCAGGGGACAUGUCUCGGAGGCAGCUGUCUCUAACCGAAAAGACUGGUCAGCCUACCAUGCCGCGGCAAAACAGCUCGGGUCCCCAGAGGCGAAUAGAUCAGCCUCCACCACCACCUCCACCAAUGACCAGGGGCCGGACUCCGCCAACGUUACUCAACACAGCGCCGUACCCUAGGCCUUCCAGCGGAAGCAUGAUGUCCUCCUCCCCAGACUGGCCGGGCAGUGGAGCUCGGAUGCGGCAACAAUCAUCGUCCUCCAAGGGUGACAGCCCAGAGAUGAAGCAAAGGACUGUACAUAAACAGGCCCCCUCACCCGUGAGCCCCAAUGCCCUGGACCGCACUGCACUUUGGUUGUUGAAUAUGAAUAUGCAGCUGGUAGAAGAUGAGUGCAUUGACCCAGAUUUCAAGCACAGGGAUAAGAUCAGGAGUAAGGAGGACAUGAGCCAAGCGGCAAAGUACCAACAGGAAAUCAUGGUGCUACAGGACAAGCUGCGUCUAUCCCACAAGAAACUGGAGGAGUACGAGAACCGAUGUAAGAACCAAGAUGAGCAGACCCAGAAGAUCCUGCUGGAAUACCAGGCCCGGCUGGAGGAGAGUGAAGAGCGGCUGCGGAGGCAGCAGGACGACAAGGAGAUGCAGAUGAAGGGCAUAAUAAGCAGGCUGAUGUCGGUGGAAGAGGAGCUGAAGAAGGAUCACACUGAAAUGCAGGCAGCUGUAGACUCCAAGCAGAAGAUCAUUGAUGCACAGGAAAAGCGCAUUGCGUCGCUGGAUGCCGCCAACGCCAGAUUAAUGAGCGCCCUGACGCAACUGAAAGAGAGGUACAGCAUGCAAACGCGUAACGGGAUCUCACCCACAAACCCAACUAAAUUGCAGAUCACCGAGAACGGCGAAUUCAGAAACAGCAGUAAUUGCUAACAAUGGGAGUAAGACAAACCCCCCCAACAGACUCACAGCGGAUGGUUCUGCUCCGAUACGCUCAUGACGGGAGGCAGCGCAUAUGACUGAUGCAUUCUGGGAGACCGUAUCUCUAGAAGCGCCAAUCCAGUACUUUUUUUUUGGAGGAAUAUAACCCGCAGAUGUUGUACAAAAACAAAACUAGAAUUGUGCCAUAAUAAUACAUAUUUGUAUAUGAUUCCUGUUACUGCUGGUGAAUUCUUUUAAUGUUUACUGUUUAAAUACUAUUUUUAUUUGCUCCUUGUUCAAGAACUUUUGCCAAACUUUACCCAGAAGGGUAGUGAGUCACUUAGGUAAGGCUUUAUAAGUGUAUAGACGAGUGACAAACCCUAGUAAGGCGACAGGUCACACCCACAUACAGAUGAAUUCCGCACUUGUCAGCGCUAAUCCCACCAGGAUCUGCGAUCUGUAAGGCGAAAAACGAAACCACUUUGUUACUGAGAAAUACGUCUUGCUGACAACGGUGCUGCGGUGAUGAACCGUCUAUGGUCCCAGCAGGGAAAUCACUCCGCACUGCGCUAUCUAUAUAAGGAACGCUAUAGGCAGGGAGCGGAUCUGUACAGUCAUCACUUAACCACUAGACAGAUUGCUGCUCGCUCAGUAAACGUCCUGCUGACCCGUCUACGUCGGGUGGUCAGUAAUACACUGCACCGAGAGGCAGGAUUCCCAGAGUCCGGCCAUAGCGUGUCUUCCGUGAUCACUGGUGAAUUCAGCUUGAUGGACUGUGUAACGUGACCUAUGGAAUAAAAGCUGCUUUGUGAGAAUGAG